CUAGGAGAGGCUGGGACGAGCAGUGUGCAGCCAUCCUGGCCGAGACGAAGCGACUCCGCCGCGACCACAGCGAGCGACAGACAGAGGAGAGCUGGGAGGCAUACAGAACAGCACGCAACAGGAAAGGACGCAUCAUAAAGAAAGCUCUCCAACAAGCACACCGCGAAGCAGUCGAAACAGCGGCCGAGUCACCUAGCUCGCUGUGGAAGAUCGCCAAAUGGGCCCGGAACAGACAAAGCCAGCCGCCUACUGUUACGCCGGAAAUUAAGAGACCCAACACGUCUCAGGUCGCCACAACGCCUGAGGAGAAAGCAGCACUCUUCAAGGAGACCUUCUUCCCCCCGCCGCCCGAGGCAAAUCUCGAAGACAUCGACAACGCAUCAGACACAACACUCCACAUCCCAUGGGGAGAAGUUAAGCCCAAGGCAACCUGUAAAUACCUCGGUCUCAUCAUGGACUCAGCCCUCAAGUGGAAACAACACAUCGACGAGACAGAACGCAAGGUCACGAACACCAUCACAGCACUCAGCAGUCUAGGCAGCUCCACGUGGGGCGUGAUGACGAGAGAGAUGAGGACGAUCUAUAGGGGAGUGGCAAUACCACAGAUGAUGUACGCAUGCUCGCUGUGGUCCAACAGCGGUUGGGGUGAGAUGGGCUACACGAAAAGAACAUUAAACAGACUGCAGAGGCUCCAAGCCAGAGCAGCCAGGGCAAUGUGCGGAGCAUACAGAGCAACCUCGUUCCCAGCACUGGAUGUGGAAAUGCACCUCCUGCCAGUCGAACAACAGAUUUGGAAACACAACAUCGACACCAUCAGCAGAGUAGGCAUGGCCGAAGUCACCGCGCGUAGAGGAAAGAAAAUUAGCCCGAGAGAGACGAUAACAAACCGAAUACGCGAUGGACAAGACGUAACCAACGAACAACACGAGCACGAGCACAUACCGCCCUUCAUCACUCCCCCGUGGUGGCAGGGACCGCGUAUCCACAUCGCCGGAGGCACGGAGCAGGCCGAGAAAGAACACGAACGUUGUCUGGAAAACAACACCGACGCAGCCCACAUCUAUACAGACGGCA